AUGGGGUGCUCUGAUGAGAAGGCAAGCAAUUGCAAAACCGGUGCAACAUUUGCGCACCAGUCGUUAUGCCUGAGUUUCUUUCCUACCUUUUCCUUGGCCCCUCCAACAUUUCAUUUUCAUGAUGCUCACUCGCGCCAUCAAGGACUAAUGUUUCAAUGCGACAUUUGUCAAAUGUCAUUCAGUCAAAAGGCUAACAUGCAUCGUCAUCGGAUGAGACACAACGGAGUCAAGCCAUAUGAAUGCCGACAUUGUAAAAAGCGUUUUUUCCGAAAGGACCAGAUGCAGGAGCACUCAAUGACCCAUAUCAGAACGGGGAUUGAUUUCGCUUGCCCGGUUGCUUUUUGUACGCAUCACUUCAGUCAAUACACAACACUGAGGUCUCAUCUGGAUGAGUCUCACAACAUUUCUACAAUAUCACAGGUGUCUUGUAAAUGUUGCUCUCUCAUUUUCACGAACACCCGCCGUCUUCUCCUCCACUACCAAGCAUACCACGACGAUGAAGAGGUCAAUGUAGUAAAUUUCUCUAGUGUUUUCUUACAGUUUAUGAGCUGCUCUUUGCAGCGGGAGAGCAUUCUCGCCCAUAUAACCUAA